AUGGCGGCCAAGAAUGGCAUGGCGCAUCGCUUUGCUCGGCGACCACCUACGGAGACCUACAACAACGACAGCGAGCACCCCCGCGCGGGCGCGCCCGCCCGGGAGGCCCCGCCGGGCGCCGCGCCGCCGCCCGGGGCGAGCGAGAGGCCGGCCGUCGAGGCGGUGGACGGCGGCACGCGCCUGCAGGUCAGCUGGAGCGCCCCCGCCGACGAGGGCCUCCCGGAGCCUGCCGCCUACGCCAUCGAGCUCGACGACGCGUCGGAGACGCUGUACGUCGACCACCCCACCGGCCGCCUGGCCGGCAGCCCGGUCGCCGCGCGCCCCGCCCCGGCCAGCGCGCGGCGCGCGGUGCUCGACGGCCUGCCCACGGGCGUCUGCUUCCGGGUCACGGUGCUCGGGGCCGUCUCCGCCGCCGGGGGCCGUGCGCGGUCGCCGCCGAGCGAGCCCAUCGAGCUGCGCCCGCCCGCGCCGGCCGAGCGCGGCAGCGCCGGCGGCCGCCCCGAGGCUCAGGCGC